AUGGCACCUGAAGUGACGCUGACCCAGCAGAAAUGCGCCAACAUGGUCAUCUGCAAUAAACUGGGCAAGACAGUCUGUACUGGUUGCUACCUGGUCACGUGCUCUCCUGCCUGCCAGCAGAUGAAUUGGAGCAUCCACAAAGCCGACUGCUGUCAUAUGGCGGUCACAGCAUCGUUCGAGACCGACCGCAGACUCCCUGCCUGGGCGCCUCAGAACCUCUGGGCCGAUCUGAUGCGAAACCAUCGUCGUCGCGUCGUCCCUCAAGACGCUCCCCAAAUUGGACCCCAGACUCAUCGUCAGCUUGUCGAAGACGAUCCUCGAAGUGGCCAGUUUGAAAUGUUUGGCAGCUACCCAGCUAUAGAUGUUCUUCGGCUCAGCGCAAAUGAGGGGGUCAAGCAAACAAACCCAAUUGACGUUCUUUUUGUGCAACCGAGCGAUCUUAGAGACGUGAUCAAGACCAUUGUUGACCUACCCGACGAUGUAUCAGCUCCCAUUAGCAUCGUUAUCACUGAUGACACGACGGCGAAGAUUACGCGUAACCUCAUUUUGCUAUUUAUGGCACUCUCAUCUGAUAAUCCCGAUGUGACAGCUGAAUGCGCUGUGUCUUUUUGGUAUGCGUCAUUUAUCCCCAAGUGGUGUAUCCCCACGAUCCGAGAGCUCAUCGGUCCGUUCAUCGAUGAAUGUCAGUCCAAUGAUCAAGAAGAAAGCGAGAUGGAAACCAAAAUUGCAAGACAAUGGUCAUUUGGUUCAGCAUCGCUCAAGGCCGUGUUGACCCGACAUAUGCAAAGGCAGGGAGACUGCGCUCAUCUGGAUCACUACGAGAGAACGCUGAUGAGUUUUCCUCCGGAAUGGCAGGCUGCGAAACGCCGCUAUAUGCCCUCCGCACAGGUAACACCAUUCGAAAAUUACGAUAACCCCGCGAACUGGCCUCUGGAUUACAAUCCGAGCUUAUUCUACGGCAACUUCUGGCCUUUGAAACAGGAUGCCGAUCCGCUUCGGGGUUGGGAUCUCGCGACGAUCAACGAGGAGAAGGGGACAGAAAGAGCCGACAAUGACAUCUAUGGGAAGCUGUUCUACUAUGUUCGAAACCUGUUCAAGAGCUUUAUUCUGAAGUUGCGGACGGUUAACGUCACUUUCCACGUGGUUCCAUACAAUGGCUAUGACUUGGCACAGGAGACACAAAUGAAAUUUGACCGCAUCGAGACCUCUGCCCUAGCAGAUGAAAAUCUGGUAGGCGUCCGCACAGUAGUCGACACUCUAUCACCUCUCUUGAAAUCCCCACGUGUUAACCCACAUGCGACCAUGAUCACGAUGCACCCCGGCGUAUUCGACAAGAUCCAGAAUGCAUUCCCAUGUCCAGAAUGCGACCCUAACCGUGCUGAACGUGUCAGGAAGGCAACGAAAUUGACAACCACAGAAAGGUGCCUACUAGACUCUUACCUGCCCCUCCACGACCCGGAUCCUGUGAACUGGAUCUUCACUGCCGUAGGAUGGCAGCGCCGGGACGCGAGAUGGCUCUUCCGAGACCCCACGGCAGCAUGGGAGCUAUAUAAAGACAUCUACGACUUCGAGGACGUCGCGGAUAAUGCCAAGGUUGCCAUGCGGACCACACACAAGGUGGUGAGCGAAUGGAUUCUUCGCCUGAAGCACACAGGCAAGGAGGGGUUCGACGAGAAUGGGCGGCCCAUGGCAGAGGCUAAACGGGACUUCGACGCCAUCUUCUCUAGGGGCCAGACUGCCGGAUACCGCUAUGUCGAGUGGCGCAAGCUCGGUCCCAGCGAGAGGCAGAAGCUAGAGAAGAAAAUGAAGGAUGCACGACGGGACGGGCAUGAGCCCAAGAGACAUGAAGCGUAUCACGAGUACCUGUGCAAUGCUGCUGGUCUCCGCAAGCUGGAAAAGAAGGGCUCGCGGUUGGAGAGGUGGAUGGGGAAGGAUAAUCAUGCGAAUUGGACACCUUACUGA